CAGCCGGCUGUCCGGGGUCAUUUCAGUCCAACGGACACAGUUGUGUCAGGUUGCUGUCUGUACCUGAAAGUGAGAGCAGAAUGGCGGGACGUCUUCUUCUUCGAGCUUAUACAACAACACUGCAGCUGAGGAGCAAUGUGGUGUCCAGACCGCUACAUCGAGCCAUGGCCACAGUGAAAGGAAUACCAACAGAUGAAGAACAGGCCACUGGGCUGGAGCGACGCGCCCUGCAGGCCCUCAAACACGGAAAGGAUCCCUACAGUAUUCUGAAGCCCAAGGAGUAUGCUGGCACCAAGGAGGACCCUCACAUUGUGCCAUGCAUUGGAACCAAGAGGCUGGUGGGCUGUCUUUGUGAAGAAGACAACACUGCUAUUGUGUGGUUCUGGCUUCAUGAGGGAGGUGCCCAGCGCUGUCCUUCCUGUGGUUCCCACUAUCAGCUAGUCCACCAUGAGCUGCCCCAUUGAAACUAUAACACAAGCUCUGUGCAAACAGGACAACACAGACAUCCACAUUUGCCUCCUUAAAGGUCAUAUACUGUGAUGUGUGCAUAUCAUUUAACAUGUACAGUUUAUCAUUAAAAUGUAAACCUGAA